ACGGGGCCUCUGCAGCACUUGGGAAGGAGCCAGCAAGAGGGACAGCCAUGCGGGAAGCCCAACCUAUCCUGGCUGUGGUGGUGGUGGUGGGCUUGCUGGCCACCUCUGCCUUGGGUACACAGCUGGCAGGAGAAAGCAUUAAGGCGGGAAGGAAAGUGAGUUGGCCCAGGACAGGUCUAGAGAUCUGUCAGUGGGUUGUAGAGGAGGAUGUAGAGAGGAACUGCUCCGCCUGCUUCAAUGCUGCCGACUCCUGGCAAAAGACAAAGAGGUGUGUGAGGGACUGGCUUCCUGCUUCAAUUGCUAGCUGUUACGAGACAGCAUCCAGCACCAGGAAGGCAUUCAAUCGCUGUGUCACUCGGAGCUAUGAGAAGAGUUUGCGUUUCAAUAAGAAAACAAAUUUAUAUUUUGACAAGAGCAGCAGAUUCUUGAACAAGAUUGCUGGGUACUCCUACUUGGAGGGCGGCCCGGCAGCACUUUUCUCUGGCUUUGCCCAGGACCUUCUCCUCAACACUGGCGGCAUCAAGGAUGCACUGAGCACCAGUGAAGACUGUAAGAGGAAGUUCAGUGGAGGGCAGAGGAAGGGGGCCCGGCAUGCACCACACGCCAGUGAGCUGCAGCUUCGAGUAUUCAAGCCAAGCUUACAAGAGGUGGAAUAUGAGUAUGGCAAAGUGGGCCACAGCAUGCCCUUCAAGGGGGUGGGUCCCCUCGCCCAAACAAUUUUGAAAGGCAUGUGCAACACCCACUACCUGGAGGACCAACAAAAACUACAACUUCUGGUGGACUCUGCUGUGACCUCUCAUCUGCCCAUGCCUGCCUGGGUAUUCCAAGAAGUAGUGAAGAAAAUCAGCUCUGUUCAGAUUUAAAAAUUUAGCAAGGAAAACUUGAUAUUGAUGUGCUUAUCAGCAUGAUACACUUGCACAAAUAGAUUGAAUAACCAUGAAGAAACCAGUCUACAAAGUCUACAAAUGAUGGUUUCUGUUAACAUACUGUGUGCUAUAUGAACUGGCAAAUUCUGUAUGUAAACAUAAUUGGCUUUGACAUAGAAUUUUCUGGAGGCAGAUGACAAAAAUAAACAAUAAACUUGUA